GCUUCGCCAUUGACGGACCCACGAUCAAGGGAAAGGGUCAGAGAGGCACUUCGACAAGCAGCUGCUGCACGUUUCGUCUUCAACCGCAACUUUGGCUUUGAGCUACCAUUUUUAACACUUGGUUCAGUCUUGUUUUAUUUCCAGUGGAUAAUUACGGUUAACAGUUGUGUAUCGCCAUCAUUGAAGAACGGUUUUUUUUUUUUUACCACAUUCUCGAAGUAACGGGCGGCGGAGAACCUCAGCUAGCGGCGGCUAUAACGAGGCUAGCAGGCUAACGUUAGCUAGCGACCUGGCUAGCUGCACACGAGCUGAGCACUGCUCGGUGGGGCGGCUUGCCUACAGUGUCGUUUGAUGGAUCCAAGAAUCGCCUGGUUUCAACCAGAACAACGUGGACCCGCGAACAACCUGUGGAUGCAAAUUUGGGAGACGACUCAGGGGUUCGGCUACUUGCAUGUGAAUAACAGCUACAUCACUGGAUCUCAGAACACGUCGAGCCUAAAAGCGAUCGUCAACGGGGCGUCGGGAGCACUCCUCGCCGACAGAAACGGGGCACUUGAUACAAACACCGGCGGCGGCGGCGAAGCCAGGACUCAAACCGUGUCGUCCCCGAUGGCGAACCGGGAAUUAACGGCACAGCGGGACUUUCUACCACUGGAAACCAAUUGCAACCACAACAACCGCGCCGGUGGCAGGGGCGGUGUCGGCGGAGGGAGGCAGCAGGGCAGUGCUGUGCUUUCGAGGUGGUCGGCUGACGGUCAACCCAACAAAAGGAAAAGAGACAACAAAGCUAGCACUUUCGGAUUCAAUUCUAGCCUCUUGAACAGCACCAUCGCCAGCUCCAACACGGGAGCCUAUGACGGUUAUGCGGGCACACCGUGGAAAGAAAGGACCUACUCUGAGGGAAUCAUCGGGUUACACGAGGAGGUCAAAGACUUCUUUAGGUACAUCUCCCCGCGGGCGGAGGAGGAGAAGAUGAGAGCUGAGGUGGUGGACAGAAUAAAGGAAGUCAUCAAAGACCUGUGGCCCAGUGCUGAGGUCCAAGUCUUUGGGAGUUUCAGCACUGGUCUUUAUCUGCCAACAAGCGACAUUGACUUGGUGGUUUUUGGGAAGUGGGGAACCCUCCCACUGUGGACACUGGAAGAGGCUCUCCGAAAGAGGAAAAUCGCAGAUGAGAACUCCAUCAAAGUUCUGGACAAAGCCACGGUUCCCAUCAUCAAACUGAGAGACUCCGUCACUGAGGUCAAAGUGGACAUCAGCUUCAACGUGAAAAAUGGUGUUGAAGCUGCCCGGCUCAUCAAGGAAUUCAAAGAGAAAUACCCCGUUCUGCCUUACCUGGUCCUGGUGCUGAAGCAGUUCCUACUGCAGAGGGACCUCAAUGAGGUUUUUACCGGCGGGAUUGGCUCCUACAGUGUCUUCCUCAUGGCUGUCAGCUUCCUGCAGCUUCACUACCGGGAGGACGUGUGCAGCCCCAACAUCAACAUCGGCGUUCUGCUCAUCGAAUUCUUCGAGCUCUACGGCCGCCACUUCAACUACCUGAAAACUGGCAUCAGGAUAAAAGACGGAGGCUGCUACGUUGCCAAAGACGACGUUCAGAGAAACAUGGACAGAUACAGGCCCUCCAUGCUCUACAUUGAGGACCCGCUGCAGCCGGAUAACGACGUCGGUCGGAGUUCAUACGGCGCCAUUCAAGUGAAGCAGGCCUUUGACUACGCCUACGUGGUGCUCAGCCACGCCGUGUCACCCAUCGCCAAGUACUAUCCCAACAACGAGACGGAGAGCGUGCUUGGCCGAAUAAUUCGGGUAACCCAGGAAGUGCACGAGUACAGGGAAUGGAUCAAGAAGAACUGGGGGAGUCAGUCUCAGAAUGAUGUGCCACUCAACAGAAAUGACGUCACACUGUUUGAGUCCCAGCAGCUCGAUGAGCGCAACAACAACGUCUCUGAUGACGACGACGAUGACGUUGUCAUUCUACCGUCUGCCCCCCAGAGCAAAACCUCCUCCAAUUCCUCCUCGCCGUCACCCUCAUUGCGGUCCUCCUCUUCCCCACUGUCGCCUUCCUCCACAACCGCAACCUCCAGCUCCAGCGACGCGGACUCUGAUGGCACGCCAUGUAAGACGGCCAAGCAGCAGCAGCAGCAGCAGCAGCAGUCCGGCCGGGGCUCCAGCGGUCACAGAGAAAAGUCCACCGUCGCCAAUAGCAACCGAACACAGAGCCAGGCGAACAGCACUCCGUCUGGAAGCAACAAGGGUGGCAAGGCCAGGACGUCUCGUGCCAACCAGAAGAGCGGCAACCAGGGGCAGCAGAGCUCCACCCCUAGCACCAAAAGUCACCAGAGCAACAAGCCACAUCACCAGGGCAACAGCAAGAAGAGGAAAAAUGUGCGAGACUCUACACAGGAGGACCUCUGCAGAUAGGGGUGACUUUGCCUCCCCCCCACCCACACACACACACACACACACCCCUACCCCCCUCGUCUCCCUCUUCCCGUCCUCGUCUGCAACUGACUGACUGUCCGGUCCCACUUGUGCUGCCGGACUCCAGCCCCGGGAGAUUGAAAGAAGUAUAAGAAAGAACAUCCACAGUAACUGUCUCUCUAUUGAAGCUUUUCGGGGUGACAAAGCAACAAUUUCUUGCGGGACAAAAAAAAAAAGAACAAAAAAAGAAUUGUUAUAGGAAAUGAGGUUAAAUUUCUUGAACUUUGAACUGAAAUCGCGGAGCUCAUUUGCUUCUCCAUGGCUUCUUCUACGGAGGGGUGUUCCUUCCUGCAGCCAGCAUCUACACGACAUGCCUCUUGCGCCUCCUGCUGUUCAGGAAUGGACAUGGCCGGGAUCUGGAAUCGACUCUGCAGCAAUAUCUGCUGGAAAAUAGGAUGAGAAAUUUAAGCCACAAAAAAAGAAGAAAAAGACAAAAUCGAAAAAUGUGGUUGAUCUGCAGACAAACAUGUACACAGAUUUUAUUAACUUACAAAUGCAAUCAGUAGGAGUGGGACAUAAUUUCUGCAUGGGAUUUUUUUGUUUUUUUUUU